AUGAUUCUAGACCCUGUUACAAGCACAAGCAAGGAUGGUUUAAAUAGGCCUUACAUUUACCAGUCACCUCCUUCUAUAAAGACAGAGCAAAGACCUACAAGAGAUAUAAAAACCCCAGAGAGCUACGACCUUUUAAAAAGGCUAGACCUAGAAGACACAAAGAUGCAACAAAAGAAGAUGAAACUAGAGAAGUACAGCGAGGAUUCACGAGGAAAAUGGCUCAAGAGUAAAACCAAUGAACGGAUCUAUUCCUCCAUUGCUUCUUGUAUUGACACAUCUGUCGUUCCUUUCAUCGACUCUGGCGGUUCCGGUAUUUUUAGGUUAAUGGGUGGCAGGCAGUGUUUGAAGGAGACUGGUGGCGGAAACUCCCAGAGUAAAUGCUGGGGAGUUCUGGAAUUUGUUUAUCAUUUGAGUGGAGUGUUCAAGGAGGAGGAGGAGGAGGAGGAGGAGGAGGAGGAGGAGGAGGAGGAGGAGGAGGAGGAGGAGGAGGAGGAGGAGGAGGAGGAGGAGGAGGAGGAUCAUCUCACCAAUACAAAGGAUAAAGGAUGCUUGGGUACAACUUCUAGGGAAGAAGUUGCAUAG